GCGUAACCGUUUCGCAGAAUACGUUUCAACGUUUUUUCUCUGGUACAAAACCUAAAUCCGUUUCUUCACAAGGCAAAAAACGUCGAAGCGUAUUCUGCGAAACGGUUAUGCAGGACUGUACGAUACGGAUAUCGGUUUCUAUUAGGAGCAAAUGCCAAAACCGAUAUUCGUUCUGUAAGCUACGGAUUUUUUUUAGAGAGUAGUGGCUAAUUGUUUUGAUCGCGAUUUCGUCCUUGCUUAAGAGACUAUCUUGAGGGUUGAUGGUGAGGGUGUUUCACGAGAAAACAUAAAUAGAGUAGUUGAUUAUUCUUUUUUAUAUCAAGAUAUAACCUUUUCUUUGAAAUAAUCACUUUCACUUGAGAAAGAACUAAAAGAAGACGAUGAUUGAUUUCUUGUAGUUUUAUUGACUAGUUUCUGUCAAGUUGAAACUUGACUCCAUCAGAUUCUACAAAAAACAUUUUUCAACAGCAACUAUUUACAAAUCAUAAUUGCUAAAUGGUCGAAAGGACCCCUAUAGCAAGUACCAAAUGGCCGAAAGGGCCUCUACUGGUAUUUGAUAAAACUUGUUUUGGUUUGGUACGUUCGUAAUCGUUCUUGGCCAUUUGUUUGUAGAUUUUGGCAGUAUUGUCGUUGUAGCCUUUGGGGAGUUGUCAAAUGCCGUUGGAUGUUGUUUGAGACGACGUGCCAAAAGCCAAAAUACCAGUUGAAAAACUCCUUCGAGAUCAAACGAGAGGAAAAUGAGAGUUUCGAAGUGUUUUGAAUUCAUAUGCUACUGGUUGUUAAACCAUCCUGUACUGUAUUUAAUUAAUUAGCAAGAGGUUUAUCGAUUUUCAGUAGCGAGUUUUUCGGUUUCUUAUAAGAUAAUCUGAAAGGUUGUUCAAUCUUUUCGAACCGAUAAUUGGAUUCAUCUUUGAAAUGGCUGUGUCUGAAAAGCAAUCGUUCCAGAGCUUAUGAAAACGGGUUCAGAAAUCUUGCAUUCCUUUACAAAAGGAAAAAUGACACAGAAUAUCAACCUUGAAUCAAUUUUAGCCUUCUUUCUUCGAUGAUUAGUGGUUUCUAGCAAGAGUUUUCUUACAUCUAAAUAAUUCCUUUGCGUGGGUGGGUAUCGCGCAUUCAAAUGUCCGUGCGACUCUUUCUAGUUGUUUGAAAAUGAAAUUGAUCGGGUACCCGUUCAAUAGUAAUGCCAUACAUACAGUAUGUUCCAAAAGCUCCUUCCACUUAAGUUUUUUGAAUAUCUACACUUUUUUAUAUGACAAUAUCAACUAUUCUUUUUCAAAUAAUGGGAAAAUGCAACAAAUUUUUAUUUAUAGAAAAAAUCUCAAAAAUAUUGUUCAAAAGUAUCGCCUUGAACUGAUAUACAAAAAUUUAAUCUUUUCUAUAUUUCCAGAAAAACAUUAUGUAACGUUUCUUUUUUAAUUACUUGAACUAUUUUGAUCUUCAAAUCAUCCAAAUCUCGUAUGUUAUUUUUAUGAACAUUUGUUUUGAUAUAGCUCAAAGAAAAAAAUCCAAAGGAGUCAUAUCAGGUGACCUUGGAGCCCAUGAGAUUGAUCCACCUCUCCCUACCCAUCGAUUAUCAAAUUUUUCGUUCAACCAAGAACGAACCGCAUUUGAAAAGUGAAUUAGUGCUCCAUCUAUACAAUGACUGUUGUAGAGGAUAGUGCUGUCAUUCUGAAUCUGAAAAGACUACCUAAUCGAACUGGUAAAGAUUUAAAAUUAAAUAAAAUGUCUGUUGACGAAGAAUUAAGAAUUCAAAUUGUUCUCAUGAUGGCUAAUUUGGAAUAUCCAAGCUUAGUCAGACGCCAUUUUCACCGAGAAAAUUUGCCUAAUAUUCCUUCCGAAAAGACAAUGAAAACUAUUUUUAAUAAGUUUAGUGAGACUGGUUCAAUAUAUGAUCAAGAACGUUCAGGACGACCAUCAUCUGCAACAGAUGAAAAAUUUGAAGAGAUUGUUGAAGUUUUGUCAGAUAAUCCUACGAUCAGCGUGCGCAAUAUUGCUCGUAAAGUUAAUAUUUCAAAAUCGGUAGUACAUCGAACGAUGCGCGAGAUGUUAGGAUUCAAACCAUAUAAGAUGCAUUUAACCCAACAAUUGUAUGAGAGGGCAAGGAUUUACGAGUAG